ACCGCUAGAUUUUGGGAAUCACGGGAGCGGAUCAAGACCAGCUAAUUUCUUGUCCGAGUUAACAGUUUUUCAUCCUUUACUGUUAUCUAAAGUUGCUUUUUUGAGAAGUCUAUCGGGAGACCUACAGGAUCGGGAAAAACGUGAGGAAAACUUUUUAAAAGCAGCGAAAAAACUGACAAAAGAAACCUUUUGGCAUGUACGUUUAACUGUAUUUCUUCAUAAAGAGUAUCUGGAUGUGACUGCACAAUCGUGAAGGUCAUCAACCCCGGGAUUAAUUUUGAGAGGGGAAGAUAACGGUAAUUUGGACACUCCCAAAGUGAUGUAAAUCUCUAAAGGUAAUUUAUAAAACCUUCAACUUUUCAAAGUCAGAAGAGUGCCUCUUUUUCUACGUGUUGGUUUGGAUGGACUCACACAUCCAUUGACAUUUAUUUGGACUAUUUGGGAACCGUGCGCCCGCGCUGCCAUGACAUAACGGGACUCUUGGAAAAUCAAGAGUGCAGAAUAUUUCUGAAGUGACCGGAUGAUGCGUGUCCAUUGUUGGGCGGAGGAUUUCUAAGUUUAGCAUUCAUUCAAGAUCUCAUUCAAGAGCAUUACGUGUCCUGCUGACCUCCUUACACCCCCCUGCAAGCUUCAUGGUGGAGAUAUGGGAUGACUGGAGGCGGGGGUGCAGCUGAGGUGAGAUCCAGCCGAAGGACAAUGUCUGCGCCCGGCGUUGGCAUCCCUCUGCUGCCGGGGCACCUGGUACUGAUGCUGCUGCUGCUGUGCGCCUCCGGGCCGAGGCUCUCCCACGCCUGUCCCGGGCUGCUCGCCUCCUCCAGCGGCUGCAGCUGCACGGACGAGCGGUCCAAGGGGCACAGCGUCCAGGCGGUGGGGAGGCGGGUGAGCUGCAGCAAAGAGGAGCUGACGGAACCUCCGGAUGCCAGCCUACUGCCCAACAGGACCGUCACUCUGUUAUUGAGCCACAACAAAAUCAGAGUUCUGAGAAAUGGCUCCUUCUUUGGACUUUAUGCUUUGGAGAAACUGGACCUCAAGCACAACUUGAUCAGCACCAUCACGCCCGGAGCCUUCCUGGGCCUGUUCGAGCUCCGCAAACUCGACCUAUCCAACAACCGAAUUGGCUGCCUGACUGCAGAGAUGUUCCAGGGUUUGACCAAUCUCACCAAACUGAACCUCUCUGGCAACAUCAUAUCGACUUUAGAUCCAGGAGUGUUUCAGGAGCUGCCGUCCCUCAAGCAAGUAAACUUUAACUCAGACUACCUGUUCUGUGACUGCGGGUUACGCUGGGUCCCGGGAUUCUUCCGCAGCAGUUCAGCCCGGUUGGGGGACGAGACCCUGUGUGCCUACCCAAGGAGCCUGAAGGGAAAGCCCCUGCGUGGACUGAGGGAAAGCCAGCUGAGCUGUGACGGUCCUCUGGAGCUGCACACCCUCUCGCUGCUGCCGUCCCAGCGCCAGGUGGUCUUUAAAGGCGACCGGCUGCCCUUCCACUGCACCGCCACCUUAGUGGACAAGAUCACCACCUUGCACUGGCGUCACAACGGUCAGCUGGUGACCUCUGACCCCGAGAUGGGCGUCCAGCUGGAGGACAGUGAGCUGCAUGACUGCACCUUCAUCACCAGUGAGCUUAUCCUAUUCAACGUACAUGUGGAGGCCAGGGGAGAGUGGGAGUGUGUGGUUUCCACCGGGCGGGGCAACUCGUCUCGCACUGUGGAAAUAGUGGUGCUGGAGAACAGUGCCUCCUUCUGUCCAGAGGAUAAACUUGUCAACAACCGUGGGGAGUUCAGGUGGCCCAGAACUCUGGCGGGCAUCACUUCACAUCAGUACUGCCUGCAGCUGCGUUACUCCUCCCUGCCUAUGGAGGGAGGUAUCGAGGAGAAGAAAGCCUCUCGAUACUGUGACCGCUCUGGAAACUGGCAGGAGGGUGACUAUUCAGAGUGCCAUUACACCAAUGGCAUCACCCGCGUCCUGCAUACCUUCAUCCUGAUGCCCAUCAAUGCGUCCAACGCGGUCACUGUGGCACAUCAGGUGCGCACUUACACCAUGGAGACUUCAGGCUUCACUGACUCUGUGGAUGUGUUGUAUGUGGCGCAAAUUAUGGAGAAGUUUAUGGAAUAUGUCAGACAGCUGCGAGAGCUGUCAGAGGUGUUGGUGGAGAUGGGCAGUAACCUGAUGCAGGUGGACAGCCAGAUCCUCGCUCUGGCCCAGAGAGAGAAGAGAGCCUGCAGCUCCAUCGUCUCCUCUCUGGAGACGCUGGCCUGGCCUCAGCUGCAUGGCCACGCUCAGGACUUCUCCAUGGUGUCUAAGAACAUCGUAAUGGAGGCCCACUUCAUUAGACCGGCCCACUUCACUGGCAUCACCUGCACCGCGUACCAGCGUCGGGAGGUUUCUACAGGCAGCCUGGGAAUGGAAACCUCAGAAUCCACUCAUGAGCAGCAGCUUCGUUUCCGCUGCAGCACCGGCUCCCACAACACCUCCCUCAACCAUUUCCCACUAAAGAAUUCAGUAGCCCUGGCCUCCGUGACGCUCCCGGCUACUUUGUUUCCUCCCGAUGCUCCUGCAGACUGUAAGCUUCAAUUUGUAGCCUUCAGAACUGGCAGCUUUUUCCCACUGUUUGGGAACUCAAGCAACGCCGGGCAAAACUUUCGUCGCCGUAGCGUCAACACUCCAGUCAUCUUUGUUGGCCUAGACGGCUGCAGCAUGUGGAACCACUCGGAGCCCAUCUGGGUGUCUCUGCGUCACUUGUCCCCUGGUUCUGAUGCUGUGGCGGCCCAGUGGAGCCUGAAGGGUCUGGAGAAACAGGGGGCCUGGAGCCAGGAGGGCUGUCAGCUGGUCCACAGUGACAGCAGCACCUCCACCCUGCGCUGCUCGCUGCUCAGCAACUAUGCUGUGCUGCAGGAGGUGCCUGACUUCCCCAACUCCAACCCCAUCUCUGUGAGGGUGCUCCACCCUGUGGUGUACGCCUGCACUGCACUGCUCCUCCUUUGCCUCUUCACCAUCAUCAUCACACACAUACUACACCACAGUUCAAUUCACAUUUCCAGAAAAAGCUGGCACACAUUACUGAAUACCUGCUUCCACAUAGCCAUGACGACAGCCAUCUACGUUGGAGGCAUAAGUCUGACCAGCUACCCAGUGGUUUGUCAAGCAGUGGGCAUCGCCCUGCACUACUCCUCCCUCUCCACCCUGCUGUGGAUCGGAGUCAGUGCCCGGGUCAUCUACAAAGAGACGUUGUGGCGAACGCCCCGACAGCCAGAGGGAGAGCCUCCAACUCCGCCUACUCAGCGACCCAUGCUCAGGUUCUAUUUGAUAGCUGGUGGAGUUCCUCUUAUCAUCUGCGGGAUCACUGCAGCUGUCAAUGUCAACAACUACGGUGACAACAGCCCUUACUGCUGGCUGCUGUGGCGCCCCAGUCUUGGCUCUUUCUUUGUCCCCGCUGGGCUAGUGCUUUUGGUGACCUGGAUCUAUUUCCUGUGCACUGUGUUUCGCCUGAGGCACCGCGUGGCCAAAGAAUGCACAGGAACCACCCUGUCCUCUCCUGAAGCGGAGAGCCAGCCUGCCCUGGCAGGAAGCUCCAGCCUUCUCUCCACAGACUCAGCAGGGGUUCCUGUAAAUGCUGUUGUAGUGCCAGAGGAUCAGUACUCGCUGAAGACACAGUUCUUGGUGCUGGUGGCGACCCACUUCCUGUUUGUGGUUCUGUGGUGUUGUGGAGCCAUGGCAAUGUGGCUGACAGGGCACAUCAGCUUGUUGUUUAGCUGUCUCUAUGGGAUGGCUGCCACAGUUCUCGGGGUGUUCCUGGUGGUUCACCACUGCUUCAGACGUCGGGAUGUGCAGGCCUCAUGGCUGGCAUGUUGCCCAGGUAACCGACACUCCAACCCUGUUUCUACCUACCCGCACACCUGCACCACAGGGAGUGGGGUGCAGACCUCCGAGCAGGAAUCACAACUUUUCAUCAGCUGCCAUCCACCUGGUGACUCUCAUAACUCCUCUUCAGCUCGAUCAUCAUCCACACCGAGUGGAAUCAGCAGCGUGGGCCCCGGGCCCUGCAAGCUCACCAACCUGUUACAGGUGGCACAAGACAAUCCCAACAAUUCCACACGUGCCCCUGCAGGCAACAACCACAGCAUCAGUACUGACAACACCACCAAGCCAACAAACAAUGUCCUGCCCAUCAUUAACUCUUCAGCGCCAGUGCAUCCCCAGAGAAGGAAAGUGAGCAGCAGAACUAAACAAGGAAGCAGUCAGUAUCACCAUCGAGGUGAGAGCAGGGGUCACUAUCGUCUCAAAGCUCUAAGGACUGCGGGAGGCGGGGGCAGCCUGGGAGCUUUAGGGCCCAACGGUUUAGAUCACCUCAGUUCUUCACACGUGGUUCACAAACAGGCCACGAGUGAGAAUGGCAGCAUCCACCUCAGCAUGUCAGAGAACCAGGCGAGCCCGCUUACCAAUGGGAAGCGCGUGGGAGAGUCUUUAGCGACCAGCCCCUCAGAAGGAAGCGACGGGGGCAGCAGCGGGAGUCGCAAACCCUUCCCUCUGCUGCCGUCUGUGGCCAGCAGGGCGGCCAUGCACAGUGCUCAGAGACGAUGCGCCAGCAGAGACAAUUUGAAACUUGCUGCCGCUGUGGAGCGAGACACUAAGCGCUGCUCCUACCCUUUGAACAGUGUCACCACCACCGUGCCUGGUGCCGCCGCCCCAAACGGCACCCUCAAAAACUUAGUGCUGGAGCUAGAGCACGACAUGAGUGGCACGGACCAAUCUCAGAGCUCCGUCGGAAUGAAAAGUGGUUUGUGGAAAAGUGAAACCACAGUGUAACCUAUACUUACAUGUGAACUUCUAUGCAUGACCUUAAUGGACUCUCAAAUGAUUGGGUUAUGUUUUAAUGGUCUCUUGAUUAUAAUAAUUAUAUAAUUUAAGGUAUAAAAUCAUGAAGGCAUCCAGGACCCUAAACUGGUAGUACUUUUUCCUCAGUAGCAUUCUAACAGUUCACUGUGAAAUGGUAAAAAAUAAUAAGGCAGGUUUUUUUAUUAUCAGUUUCAACUCAUUCAUUUUAUUCAUUUCACAAAAAAAAGUACAAGAUAUAUCUGAAAUGGGCAUAUAAUGUUGAUUUUGGAUGUCGAAUGAAAGCUUUAGUGUUUUGUAAUUGUGAUUUUUUUUCUAUGCAUAUCCUCUAUAGCAUGAAAUGGAAAGCAAGGCAGUCCAUUUCCAAAGUUCAGCUUUAUGCAUUUAAUAUUUGGACAACCCUUCACCCUUAUGUUUGCUUCAAGUAUUUUAUUGCUUGUGAUCAUGUAUGUUUUGUGUGUGUGUGUGUGUGUGUGUGUGUGUGUGUGUGUGUGUGUGUGUGUGUGUGUGUGUGUGUGUGUGUGUGUGUGUGUGUGUGUGUGUGUGUGUGUGUGUGUAUUCAUACAGAAGAAGCGUAAUUCCAUGAACGUGGCUGUACAGAAUCUUUGAAUGAAUUAAAGAAGCUAUGCGAG